AAGACUGACAGCCUUACCAUCGUGAAUAUGUUACUAUAGUCGUUUGGCGUGAGUCCCACUUCAUUAUUUCGUGUCUAGUCCUCUCUCCUUUUCUCUCAGGAACAUGUUGACAGUGUAGUUUGAAAGACGCUGCCAGAUCCAGCCAGCUGCACCCGCGCUGGCCUUCAGUUUGAGGUUGUUCCUCCUGCACCGAGCGGACUGACUUCUCCUGCCUGACAGGUGGGUCUCAGACGGCAAAGAUGAGUCGUUUCCUGAACGUCCUGCGGAGCUGGCUGGUGAUGGUGUCCGUCAUCGCGAUGGGAAACACGGUGCAGAGUUUCAGAGAUCACAGCUUUUUGUCCGAGAAGCUCUACACUGGCACACCAGAGUUUGUGAAUGGUCUCCAAGCCCGAACAUUUGGGAUCUGGACGUUGCUGUCAUCGAUCAUUCGCUGCGCCUGUGCCAUUGAUAUCCAGAACAGAACGCUGUAUCACAUCACCUUAUGGACGUUUGUGCUGGCGCUGGGACACUUUCUGUCUGAAGCCUUCAUCUACAAAACUGCACCCCUGACUAUCGGGGUCAUGGCGCCUCUCAUCGUGGCAAGUUUCUCUAUCAUAGGAAUGCUGAUUGGAUUCCAGUGUUUUCCAGAGUCACAAGAGGAAGUCGGGGCACGACAAAAGAAGCGGAACUGAAUCCCGAUAGUUUGAUUUUCCCCUGGUCCACUGAACCCACCUCCAGAGUGAGCAGCGUCUCUGCUGGCCCCAGACAGCAGACCCAUUGGUAGACUGGUCCCAGUGUGCCUGUUGCCUUGAAGACCUUAAGAUCUGGAUUUAAAUUGAACUCCUAUUGUACCACUUCCAACAGACUAUAUGCAUCUCUAUCUGUAUUUGUUGUUUUUAAGCUGAUAUUUUAUGUGAAACAUGUCCGUGCUGAUUGACACUCAUCCGUAUGUGUCUGUGGUCAUAAAUAAAGUUUGUUUGUGUGUAUUGAAACUUUUACGAUCGAUCGGGGUUACAGUAUGCAGUGCAGGUGAGUGAAAUGAUGACAUAAAUAAUCCAGCAGAGAUUUCAUUCAGAAUGUUGAUUGUUUUAUUACCACCAUACUUUUUACUUUUCAUAGUAGUUUUCAUAGUAAGUUCAUAAUAUACCAAAGACCUCAGAUGACUAUACAGUACAAAACUAAGCUCUUCAUUACAAAGUAUCACAAACAAGUAUAUCAGAAAUUAUUCUUGAUGUUUGUUCUGUGCUGUGAAAAGUUUGGACACCUUUUGAAUUCAUGCACAACUUUUUUCUCCUAUAAAACAUUUUUAAAAUGAAAUUAUUUGAUUUUUGAUGUUUUCCUCUUAAGAAAUGAGCAAAUGAUGUGUUUUUAUAAACUUGAAAUGAAAAAAUGUGUUAAUUCUGCCUUUUUAUCUCUGCUUUAUGAUGGACUUAAAUGCAGAAAACAUGAAUACACUGCUAUGUGAAGUUUUUAAGGUGCAAAUUAAUACAUUCUCAUGCUCUCCUUUUUAUAUCCAGAGAUA